AUGUCGAGCUAUGCGCAACUCAAGGAGCUUGCUCUCAAGAAGGCCGAAGAGGAGCAAGCCGCUCUUAACCGCGAGCGCGAGCGGAAGGAGCGAGAGGCAGCUGCAAAGCUCGCUGCAAGAGAAGCUCAGGAGCGCGAGCAAAAGGAGCGCGAAAGAAAGAUACUCGUACAACGUAUGGCCAGACAGAAGGAGGAGGAGGCGCGCGAACGGCUGCGUAAGGAACAAGCCGUCAAAUUGCAACAGGGCAAGGUGGCGGAAGAUGAGACAGCUGCAAGGGGAAAAGGCAACCUUACCUCAAAGCAGAAUCUUGCAGGCUCUUCGAAGCUAAAGUCGAGCACACAUUUCGGCUCAACACAGAGAAUUGAUCUCUCAGACCGCCUCCGAGGCAGCUCGAGCAACGGCAACGCCCCUGGCAGGAAACGCAAAACGGAUGAGGACGACUUUGUCGGCAACCGCUUGGACAAGAGUCCCACGAAGAAGGCUGAUCUUUCCGCUUCCUCGAGUGCACCAAAGAGGAAAGCCAUUCCUUUGACACGCGAAGAGAAGCAGGCCAUGAAGCGCGCCAGAGAGUUUGGAUCCCUUCCCAAGCUGCCUCCGAUAGGUCGCCUCACUUCAGGUUCCGGCUCAUCAAGGAACAGCCCGAGUCUCAGCUCAGGUGAAGCGGAAAGCGCAAGCCGCUUAUCGGUACGAGCACAUCUAGCCAAAGACAACGGUCUUGUGGCACUGGGAACUAAGAAGCGCGAUCAUCGCUCGAUCGACGAGAUUGAACGUGACCUCAGGAAGCUCAAAGAGGCAAAGGGGCAAGGUCGCAGCGACGCACCAUCGCAAGUUGAGCUUGAGCGAGAAGCUGCGCUGCUACGAAGACAGAAGGCGAUGGAGGAGAAGCGCAAAGCGGACCAGGAAGCCAAAGAAAGAGCAGCGCUUCGUCAGGCUGAGAUUGAUGACGGUGAUGACUCCAAAGACGGCUUAUUCGGCUCAGACGACGACGUCGAUGAUUCAAUGCGUCGCAAAUCAUCGCAGGCGAAGAUGAACAAACCAAGCGAGCGGCCAAGGGUGUCUGCAAAAAGAGCGCAAAGCGGUGCUGCCUCAGUGGUGCGUCCUCCUGCUGCCCCUCAGCCGAAGGAGCAAAAGCCCAUCGCCUCACGACCUCCCGGCGGGAUCAAUCCAGCGGAUUUCCUGCCUGGUGCUCCUCUACGUCCUGAAGCGAUGGCGAGGCUUACACAGAAGGCAAAGAGCACUCCUGACGCUGCAUCAAGCAGGCGAUCGCCAGACUCGGACCCUGCAUCACGCGCGAAGCGACCAGCGGCAGACCCAAAGUCGUCACCUGCACCUGCAGCCGCGGCUACAUCAGCUGCUCCGCCCAAAAGGGAGACUGCCCGCGAUCGCUUCAUUCGCGAGCAGGAAGAGAAGAAGAAAGCGGAUGCAGCAUCGGGCGCAAAUGGUGGAGGCGGAAGAGAUCGACGCGUGCGCUCGCCUGACGAGUACGACAGCGAGGAAAGAGACUACGAGGAUGACUACGAGAGCGAUGGUGUCGACGAUGACGAAGAUGGUGAAGGGGGCGGACAAAGCUACCGAGACGAGAUCUGGAAACUCUUUGGCAAGGACCGCAAGAAAUACGCAAGCCGAGUGGUGGACAGCGACGACGACAUGGAAGCGGAUGCAGCCUCAGUGCUGCAAGAGGAGCUGCGAAGUUCGAAGCAGGCCCGUGAAGAAGACUUGCGAGAGGAGCAACUCGAGAAACAGCGCGAACGUGAGAAGCUUCUUCGCAAGCAGGGACUGAAGCGAAGCUGA